CACACACAUACAUUUCUAUAUAUAGAGGCAUCAUCAGGUAUGUACUGUCGUUUGAGACCAGCUUUCCCCUGACAAUACAGAAAGUCGGCCAUAAAGAUGGGAAAGCGGAAGUUCUCAGGGUUGGAGGUCAUACUAAUUGUGAUGUUCCUGCUGAUUUCUGUGGUUGCGGUGGCCCUGAUUGUGCUGUUGGCCACGGCAGACCAAACUGUCAUUAAGGAUGAUGGGGUUCUGGAGUUUGCUCCAAAAUGUCCAAACAUUACACUAGGAGAGAGAGUUGACUGUUACCCUGAUGCAGGAGCAUCACAGAAUUUGUGCAUCGCUCGAGGUUGCUGCUGGCAGCCAAUGGAUGAGGCUUUUGUUCCAUGGUGCUUCUUCCCCACCAACCAUGGAUAUCAAGUUAUGAGUCAGUCAAGCAACAGUCAAGCAAAAACAGAAGCCCAGCUGAAAAGGAUGCCUUCUCCCUCCCUCUUCGGAGCCGACAUAGAGGAGCUCACGUUUCAAGCCGAGAUGCAGACAGACAACCGGUUUCGAUUCAAGAUUACAGAUGCUCACAAAGCCAGGUUUGAAGUACCUCAUGAGCAUGUGAAACCACCUAGCAGUACCGCUACCCCUAACCCAAACUACACUUUUGAGCUGGUCAAAAAUCCCUUUGGUGUGAAGUUGCGCAGGAAGUCCUCUGGAAACGUCCUGUUUGACACUACAAUAGGCCCCCUGGUAUUUGCUGAUCAGUACCUACAGCUUUCAGCCAAGCUUCCCUCACAUAACAUCUAUGGGCUGGGAGAGCAUGUCCAUCAGAACUUCCGCCAUGACACAAACUGGAAGACCUGGCCCAUCUUCACCCGCGAUGCCUUCCCCAAUGGAGGAACCCAUAACCUCUAUGGUGCAUACACCUUUUUCCUGUGCCUUGAGGAUGAGAGCGGAAAAUCAUUUGGUGUUUUCCUUAUGAACAGCAAUGCCAUGGAGGUAACAAUUCAGCCAGCCCCAGCAGUUACCUACCGGACUAUCGGAGGCAUCCUGGACUUCUAUAUUCUCUUAGGAGACACUCCGGAAGGAGUGGUCCAAGAGUAUCUUGAGCUGAUUGGCAGGCCUGUGAUCCCACCCUACUGGUCGCUGGGCUUCCAGUUGUCGCGGUGGGACUACGGAAGCCUGGAUGAAGUGAAGCUCACUGUGGAGAGGAAUCGCGCGAUUGGGCUGCCUUAUGAAAUCCAAUACACGGACAUCGACUACAUGGAAGACAAAAAAGACUUUACAUAUGAUACAGUGAAAUUCAAAGACCUGCCUCAGUUUGCUGAUUACUUACAUGAGUUUGGUCAAAAAUAUAUUCUCAUAUUGGAUCCAGCUAUUGCCACCAGUCGGAGGGUGAAUGGGGCAUAUGGCUCAUAUGACAGAGGCACGGUGAAGAAAGCCUGGGUCACAGAAUCUGAUGGGAAAACACCACUAGUGGGAGAGGUCUGGCCAGGAGAGACAGUGUUUCCUGACUACACCAAUCCUGCUUGCAUUGAGUGGUGGGUUGAUGAGAUUGAGAGGUUCUAUAAGGAAGUGAAGCAUGAUGCACUCUGGAUUGACAUGAACGAGGUGGCAAACUUCAAGAAAGGUUCUACCAAAGGAUGUGCUGCCAACAAUCUGAAUUACCCACCUUUUACUCCAAACAUCCUGGAUGGUGUCAUGUACAGUAAGACCCUCUGUAUGGAUGCCAAGCAAACGUGGGGUGACCACUACGAUGUCCACAGCCUCUACGGAUACUCAAUGGUCCUGGCCACAGAGAUUGCUCUGAAACGAGUGUUUGGCAACAACCGAACACUGAUGCUCACUAGGUCCUCCUUCCCCGGGGUGGGCAAGUACUCUGGCCACUGGCUAGGCGACAACGCAGCCAACUGGAAUGACAUCAAGUGGGCUAUCCCGGGAAUGCUGGAAUUUGGUCUUUUUGGGGUCCCUUAUAUUGGUGCGGACAUCUGUGGCUUUUUUGACGACACAACAGAGGAGCUCUGUCGCCGCUGGAUGCAGGUCGGGGCGUUCUACCCCUUCAGCCGCAAUCACAAUGCGCAGAAUUAUAAGCCACAGGAUCCAGCCUAUUUUGGUGCUGACUCAUUGCUGGUGAACACCUCUAAGCACUACCUGAACAUCCGCUACACACUCCUGCCUUAUUUGUACACUCUUUUCUACAAGGCCCACGUUUAUGGGGACACAGUUGUCCGGGCCAUGAUGCACGAGUUUUACUCAGACAACGCCACCUGGGCAGUGGACCGGCAGUUCCUGUGGGGACCUCACCUCCUCAUCACGCCUGUCUUAGAACCUAAUGUGGACAAAGUGUGGGCCUACAUCCCAGAUGCAGUGUGGUACGACUAUGAAACGCAAGAGCGGCUGAUAUCCCGUAAACAGCAUGUUGAAAUGAACCUCCCUGCUGACAAAUUAGGCCUGCACAUAAGAGGAGGGGCCAUUCUCCCAACACAGAGCCCAGCUGUCACCACUGUCUACAGUCGGCGCAACCCCAUGGGGCUGAUCAUUGCGCUUGAUGACGCCAACAGAGCUGCAGGAGAGCUAUUCUGGGAUGACGGUGACUCUAGAGACACCGUGUUAUCUGGCACAUACAUCCAUUACAAGUUCUCUGUGGAUUCUGGUGUUUUGCAAAUCCAGGCUCUGAAAACAGGUUACACCGAUCCCAACAACUUAAAGUUUGAGACCAUCACCAUCCUGGGUCUCAAGAUCCCCCCUUUUACCAUCACGGUCGGUGGCGAUAACACCACCUCAGUACCGCCUGAGAACUUUGCCUACAACAGCACCACGCAGGUCCUGCACAUCACGGGGCUGCAGCUGCAGCUGGGUAAGAACUACACGGUGCGGUGGGACGAAAUGAUUGCGAGAAUUGAUUGCCACCCCGAAGAGAACGCCACUGAAACAAAAUGCAGAGCCAGAGGCUGCAUCUGGCAGCCAGUCAACAUACCGGGUGCUCCCUGGUGUUAUUACCCCGAAGACUCUGGUUACAGAGUGGAAAACGUGCAAGAACAGAAUGGUGGCUUGUCUGUUGAUAUCCGACGGAACAUCAAGCAGCAGGCCUUUCAUCGACAGGGGUCACCCGAUAUUGACCUCCUGAGAGUGGAGAUAAAAUACCACAGUGGUCACAUGCUGCAGUUCAAGGUAUAUGACCCUGCUAAUAAACGUUUUGAAGUCCCUGUCCCUCUAAAUGUGCCAAGCACACCAGAGACAGAUGAGAAGAAGAGGUCAUAUAUCGUUACGGUGUUGGACUCCCCCUUUGGAAUCCGCGUGGUGAGGAAGAGCACAGGAACAGUCAUAUGGGAUUCUGCCAUCCCUGGCUUCACGUUUUCUGACCUCUUCAUUCAGAUAUCCACUCUCCUUCCCUCCGAGUACAUUUAUGGAUUUGGGGAAACAGAGCACCAGCAAUAUGCCCAUGAUAUGAACUGGCACACGUGGGGCAUGUUUGCAAAAGACCAGCCUCCUGGAUACAAAAUGAACUGCUACGGUGUGCAUCCCUUCUACAUGGGAUUGGAGAAGACUUCCGAAGCCCACGGAGUACUGCUGCUCAACAGUAAUGCCAUGGAUGUGACCCUGCAGCCAACCCCAGCAUUGACCUAUCGGACCCUUGGUGGUAUCUUGGACUUCUACAUGGUGAUGGGGCCCACCCCUGAGCUGGUGGUACAGCAGUAUACUGCCCUCAUUGGCCGUCCAGUUAUGCCAGCAUACUGGGCACUCGGGUUCCAGCUCUGUCGCUACGGAUACGAAAAUGACACGGAAAUUUCACAACUUUACGAAGAUAUGAGGAAAGCUGAAAUUCCCUAUGACGUCCAAUAUGCGGACAUUGACUACAUGGAGAGGCAGCUGGAUUUUGUCCUGGAUAAAAAUUUCAAGGGAUUACCUGCACUGGUGGACCAAAUGAGAAACGAGGGCAUGAAAUUCAUUUUCAUUCUGGACCCCGCAAUCUCGGGCAACGAGACGGCAUACCCCGCUUUUGAGCGAGGAGUCCAGGAUGACGUUUUCAUCAAAUGGCCGGCUGAGAUAAGCAACGAUAUUGUCUGGGGGAAGGUCUGGCCUGACUAUCCCAAUGUCACUGUGAAUAAUACUUUAGACUGGGACACUCAAGUGGAGCGCUACAGAGCUUAUGCUGCCUUCCCAGACUUCUUCCGCAGCAGGACAGCAACAUGGUGGCACAGAGAGAUUGAGGAAUUCUACAACAAAACAAUGAAGUUUGAUGGUCUAUGGAUCGACAUGAAUGAGCCAGCGAGUUUUGUCCAUGGUACCGUCGGUGGACAAUGUUUGGGAAACCCCAUCUAUGACUUCCCGUCUUACAUGCCCCCUCUGGAAUCCAAGCACAUGGGACUUAGGCACAAGACACUGUGCAUGAACAGUCAGCAGUUCCUUCCUGACGGCACUCCGGUCAAGCACUACGAUGUCCACAACCUGUACGGCUGGUCGCACACAAAGCCCACUUAUGAUGCCUUGUUGAAAGUCACCGGGGAGAGAGGGAUCGUGGUGACCCGAUCAACAUACCCCUCGAGUGGGAAGUGGGCAGGUCACUGGCUUGGAGACAACAAUGCCAGCUGGGACCAGCUGGCCAAGUCCAUUAUUGGAAUGAUGGAGUUCAGUUUGUUUGGCAUCUCCUAUACUGGUGCUGAUAUCUGUGGCUUCUUCAAUGAACCUACUUAUGACAUGUGUCUUCGCUGGAUGCAGUUGGGAGCAUUCUACCCUUAUUCCCGAAAUCACAACGGACUAGGGAACCCAAGACAAGACCCUGUGGCCUGGGACGCAGAAUUUGCGGCUGCUUCGAGGGACGUCUUGAACAUCCGCUACACGCUGCUGCCCUACCUCUACACCCUCAUGUUCCAAGCCCACAGCGAGGGCAGCACUGUGGUCAGGCCUCUGCUACACGAGUUCGUGGAUGACCGUAUCACAUGGAGCAUUUACGAGCAGUUCCUCUGGGGUCCUGCCCUGCUCAUAAGUCCGGCUUUAUAUCCGAAUAUCACAGUGGUGAAGGGUUACAUGCCAGAUGCCCGCUGGUAUAACUAUCAUACAGCGAAAGACAUAGGACAGAGGCGCAUGUGGGUGAACAUGGAUACCCCCCUGAAUCAGAUCAACCUCCAUGUGCGAGGAGGGCACAUCCUUCCCUGGCAGAAACCAGAGAACAACACGCAAUACAGUCGGAACAACCCCCUAGGCCUGAUCGUUGCCCUGAGCGAUGCUGGAGAUGCACAAGGCUCUUUCUUCUGGGACGAUGGGAAAAGCAUUGACACGUAUGGAAACAAACAAUAUCUCCUGGUCUCUUUCAAUGCCAGCCAGAGCUCCCUGGUGAACAACGUGACGCACGACGGACUUGCCCCUGCUGACAGACUGGUACUGGGAGAAGUGAAAGUCUGGGGGGCUCGGACGCAAGUGAAAACAGUGACGGUGCAGAUUAGAUCAGAGCCACCUAUCCCUGUUACCACCUUCACUCAUAACCCAACCACACAGGAGCUGGUUGUGGAUUUAACAACAUUAUCUGUCUCUGUGGAGCAGCCCUUCAAACUAAAUUUCACAUAACACCAUAACCAAACUGCUUAAUCAUUCCACAUGUGGAUAAUGCAAGAAUAACCAAUUGUAAAUAAUAAUAAAAUAACAAUAAUGAAACUGAAAUUGAAAUGAAAAUGCAUUUAUGGAAUCCUUGAAAAACAUUCAGAAUUAAAAUGUGCAAUGUUUUAAUGUAAAAUAAUUUAAUAUAAAUUAUUGUAUAAAUGUAAAAAUAUAGCACCCAAUAUAAAAAUAAAUUCAAGUUUUGUUGUCUAACAGCUUGUAACUUUCAUGAACUU